AUCAUUGAAAGUCCUGGUUUACGAAUCUUUUGAUUAUUGGUUCAACCGGUCCUUUGAUCACCACUUAAGACAAAUAAAACAAGACAACCAAAUUUCCAUUAUAUAAACAUCCACUGUGAUUCCAGUUUUUGUACCCAAAUCAACUUCCUAAUUAUCCACCUUGUAAUACUCCAUAUAUGGCUUCAUCAUUUGAUAACGUAAAUGAUUUAGUGGUUGAUCUUUAUCCACUCUUCCGUAUCUAUAAGGACGGUCGAGUGGACCGUUGUGAUGACACAAGUGCUAGCAUAGGCUUAUCCAGCUACGUGCCCCCAUCGCUUGAAGAUCCACAAACUGGUGUCUCAUCCAAAGAUGUCACAAUUUCACCACAUGUUUCUGCUAGACUCUACCUCCCAAAAAACACCACUAGUACCAACAACCAAAAACUUCCCAUCUUUGUGUAUUACCAUGGUGGUGGUUUAAUUGUGGGGUCCGCGUUCUCUCACGUUCACCAUUGUUACCUCAACAUCUUGGUUUCUGAAUCAAAUGCUAUUGCAAUUUCGAUAGAGUACAGGCUAGCCCCAGAGCAUGACGUGCCAACGAUUUACCAAGAUUGUUGGGCUGCACUUAAAUGGGUCGCAUCUCAUGCUAGUGACAAAUCAGCUUUAGUUAAUAAAGACCCGUGGUUAACAAACCAUGGUGACUUUGACAAAUUGUUUAUAGCUGGGGAUAGUGCUGGCGGAACUAUAGUUUAUAAUAUGGCCAUGAGAGCGGGAAGAGAAGGUGGUAUUAUUGAAAAUGUCCCCAUUUAUGGUUCAAUUCUUGCUUUUCCUUGGUUCUUGAUUCCAAUUGAAAACAUUGAGCAAGUUGUAUCGUACAAUAUUUGGAUGGCCAUCGCCCCUACCUCGGAAUCUGGAAUUAAUAGUUCCAUGAUUAAUCCACUUGCUGAGAAGGCUCCUUGUUUGUCAGGGCUAGCCUGCUCAAGAUUGUUUUUGUGUAUUGGAGAGAAAGAUGAGUAUAUUCCAAGAGAAAUUGGGAUUAAAUUCGUCGAUGGUACGAAGAAAAGUGGGUGGAAAGGAGAGUUAGAGUUCAUUGAAUUUAAAGGCGAAGGUCAUUGCUUUCAGAUGAAAAACCCCGAAGAAGAGAAAGCUCAAAAUUUGAUCAAGCGUAUUGCUUCUUUCAUCCAACAUAAGUGAUUACACAAGUCCUGAAAUAUUAGAGCUCGUAAAGUAGUGUAAUUAAUAAGUCCUUGUUGGUACUUGGUUGCUCGGAAAUUGUCUUAGUUUCUAUUAAGAACAUUUACUAUUUACAGUUAUAAAGUAUUUGGUUCUUAUUCUAAUGAAAGAUCUGGCUCGAUCGAUAUA